UAUGCCACUUAUAGCAGCAGUAGGGUCCAGCGGUGCAGUAAUGAACGUGUUUGUAGUGAUUUGUGCAGUGGCGCUGGCCGUAGCAAGUGCGCAGGAUGUAGCGAGCACGGUGUACGGGCGGCGCAUGCUGCCGGCAGGUGCACAGCAGGUCGACGAUCGUGCACAGCAGUCGGUGGGCAGCGUUGGUUCGCUGAAGAAGAUCGUCGGCGGUGAGCCGGUUAGUAUUGAGACGCACGUGUACCAGCUAUCGCUGCGCAGCUACGACUAUCACAUCUGCGGUGCAUCGAUCAUAUCGAGCGUUUGGGCACUUACUGCGGCCCACUGUCUGUUUCCCGAUCCGGAUCCGAGGACGAUCUCGCUACUAGCGGGAACCGGCAGCCAGUCGACCGGUGGCCGUAUCUACAACGCAACUCGCAUCAUCAUUCACCCGAUGUACGCUCCUAGCACGAUGGACAAUGACGUAGCAGUGAUCCGGGUCAACACUCACUUCAGUGGUCCCAACACCGGAUACAUCGGUCUGGUGCCUCUGGGUUAUGAGCCGAUGGCUGGAGUGCGCGCCAUCGUGACUGGAUGGGGACGUCAGAGCGAAGGAGCGAAGCAAUCGAUGACACUGGCCGGAGUGGAAAUACCCAUCGUAGAUAAGGCCGAAUGUAUGGAUCAGUGGAGCGGUGUUCUGGUAUCACCACAGAUGAUCUGUGCCGGAGAGUUGGGCAAGGACUCGUGCAAUGGCGACAGCGGUGGCCCACUCGUGUCCGGUGGCCGCCAGAUCGGCAUCGUGUCGUGGGGAUCGACCAAGUGCGGCGGUCCACUGGCCGCUAUCUACACUAACCUGGGCAACGCGGCCAUCCGCACCUUUAUCAGCUCGACGACGGGUGUCUAAACUAACGGUGACGACGGUGGCGUGGUGGUACGAAAUAAAAAAGAAGCAAAAUAAA